GAGAAUCGCCUUUUAGGAGGCUGGAAGCUGUGCGUUUUUGCAGACUCUGUGCCUGGAUAUGCAGCGUUUCCCCCUUCUCCUUUCUGUGAUUCUUUCUGCGUGGAUUCGCCGUCCUGUUCGGUGAUGUCAAGACUUUUAAAGCAGGAGUGAAUCUUGGAGGUGGGGGCGUUUUUUUUUUUUGUUUUUUUUUUUGCAACUACUGCAUAGUGCACAGCAACAAAUUUGGAUCUAACUUGCAAGUUUGCAGGGCUCACAUCAUGGAUGCAGCUGGUUUCUUGCAAGAGUGAGCCCCUUCUCUUUGCUGCCUCCAGAAUGGGUGUUGACUGAGGUACGAGGAUGCACUUGUAAGGAUUAAAAACUGCGCGCAAUCAUUCCUGGAUCAUGCAGAUUCUGCAGCCUAGGACGUUAUUUGUGUUGUUAGCACAUGCAUAUGUAAUAUUACCGCUGAGAUAUAAUGGGGAAGCACGGAGCAACAGCAGCACAUACUCUUCCAGGAGUUUGCAUGGGUCACUCCGCGAGAGUCAUCAAAUUAAAGCACGGGACCGUGCGCUCUCGCCGGGGUACGCCACAGGUGCGUCCCCGGCGGAGGGCGCGAUAAUCCGGGGGACUCUUAACUCCACUCACCCCUGGAAGAAGGUGGUGGCAGAGGAAACGUGGCGGAUUGGACACAACAAACGCGACUUUAGUAGGACUGUGACACCCGCGGAGGAUCCCAACGCGGGCUCACAUUGGGGCCUGACGCGCCACCAUAAUAGGAGGAUAAAGUUGAAUGGCACGGGGACGCCAGCAGGUGGACACUACAAUGCGGCUAAGCUCUCUUCAAUGGGAAGGGGAGAUGGAGGAGGGGGACCCGAGGAGGGCGACAGGCACAAGAGAGGCACAAAAGACGAGCAGAAGAAAGCCUGGAAGAGGUGGGGGAGAAACCGCCAGAAUAAAAGCGCGGCGGCUUUGGCUCAACCUCACGCGUCACCCUGGGAACCCGUCCCCAAGCCGGUGGCCCUCACCUCCACCGAUCUGCCCUUUGAUCUCUUCACCAGGAGGCCGGAGUUCUUCACUUUCAGGGAGGAGAACCCCUGGGACGCCACGCCGAUUACCCCACCAAACUCCAACGACUUCGGGGACGAGAUCAAGAACCCCUUCUACCCUGUGACGAGUGAGACUUAUGGCGCGUACGCAAUCACGUGCGUCUCUGGGGUUAUCUUCCUGGUUGGGAUAGCGGGGAACAUCGCCAUCCUGUGCAUCGUGUGCCAGAACUACUACAUGAAGAGCAUCUCAAACUCGCUGCUGGCUAAUUUGGCUGUGUGGGAUUUUGUCCUCAUCCUCUUCUGCCUGCCUAUGGUGGUGUUUCAUGAGCUGACCAAGUCCUGGCUGCUGGGGGAGUUCACCUGCAAAGUUGUGCCAUAUGUGGAGGUGGCCUCCCUCGGUGUCACCACCUUCACCCUCUGCGCUCUGUGCAUCGACCGCUUCCGUGCGGCCACAAACGUCCAGAUGUACUACGAGAUGAUCGAGAACUGUACCUCCACCACUGCUAAGCUAGCCGUCAUCUGGAUCGGCGCUCUCCUAUUGGCCCUCCCAGAACUCCUCAUCCGACAGCUGGUAACUGAAGACACUGGGAUGCCGGACGAGCCUCCUGUUGAACGGUGCAUCAUCAGGAUAUCCACUUCCCUCCCGGACAUGCUCUACGUGCUUGGGCUAACCUACGAGGGUGCUCGACUUUGGUGGUGCUUCGGCUGCUACUUUUGCCUCCCUACUCUUUUUACAAUCGGGUGCUCGCUGGUGACCGCGCGCAAGAUCCGACGUGCCGAGCAGGCGAGCGUGCGCAGCAACAAGAAGCAGAUACGACUCGAGAGCCAGAUGAACUGCACCGUCGUGGCGCUAGCGAUCGUGUAUGGUGCUUGUGUGGUGCCUGAGAACAUCUGCAACAUAGUUUCUGCGUACAUGGCGGCAGGUGUGCCCGAGCACACCAUGUCCGUGCUCCACCUUCUCUCCCAGCUGCUGCUCUUCUGUCGGGCUGCUGUUACCCCUGCACUGCUGCUACUCCUUUGUCGCCCACUCGGCAGGGCCUUCCUGGACUGCUGCUGUUGCUGCUGCUGCUGUAACCACGCCCCAUCCUCGGCGACGGCCAGUGAUGAUAACGAACACGAGUGCACCACCGAGCUGGAGCUGUCACCGUUCAGCACCAUCCGCAGGGAGCUCAGUAAUUACACACCGGCGGGCUCCAACUGUUAAGCAGACUAAUGAAGGAUGGGUAUUUCACCAGUGUGCUAUUAGCAUUUGGCUAGCAUUUCUCAGACUUGGCUUGGAGAGAUUUGCCUUACCUGGUUGGAUUACACUUUAAAAAGGGAGCACGUCGGACACUGAAUCAUCAUAUUCAGCCAGUGUUUUACAUCCUCAGUGUUUAUUCCUCACACUAAGACUGUACAUUUACAGUAACUGUAUAACACUUAUUUUACAGGAAAGCUAACAAAAGCAGAAG